AUGGAUCGUGAACAGUUUCGCACAGCAGCCCAUUCGGCAAUUGAUGACAUUGUCAAUUACUUCGAUUCUGUCCCCGACCGAAGAGUCCUUCCCGCCGUCGACCCCGGUUACCUGCGCCCGCUGAUCCCCGAGAAUCCGCCUGUCGAGCCGGAAGAAUGGUCGCAGAUCCAGAAGGAUAUCGAUACCAAGAUCAAGCCCGGUCUGACCCAUUGGCAAUCGCCCAACUUCAUGGCGUACUAUCCGGCUAGUGUGACGUAUCCGAGUAUCCUGGGCGAGAUGUAUUCGGCGACCUUCACAGCCCCCGCGUUCAACUGGCUUUGCUCGCCCGCCUGCACGGAAAUGGAGACAAUCGUGAUGGAUUGGGUGGCUAAGGCACUGGGCUUACCGGAAUGCUUCCUGAGCACAUCGGAGAAUCUGGGAGGCGGCGUAAUUCAGAACAGUGCCAGUGAUGCGAUCGCUACGAUGAUGGUUGCCGCGCGUGAGCGACGGGUCCGAGAGAUGGUGCUUGCUGAGGGUCUCAAAGAGGGGACUCUCGAGUACGACGAGCGCAAGAUGGACUUGCAGCCUCGCCUGGUUGCCAUUGCCAGUGACCAAACCCACAGUAGUGCGGCCAAGGGUGCUCUGAUUGCGGGCACCCGUUUUCGAAGCGUGGGCACUCAGCUGGCUGAGAAUAUGGAGAUGACGGCAGCGCGGCUCCGAGAGGUCCUGGAGCAGUGCGACAAGGAUGGGCUCACUCCGUACCAUCUCACCAUGACCUUCGGCACCACUAAUACAUGUAGUGUGGAUCGCUUCGCAGAGAUCAAGGCAGUUCUACAGGAAAAGCCGGCGUGGCAGCGUAUCUGGGUACAUGUGGACGCCGCAUAUGCCGGCGCUUCUUUGGUGGCCGAUGAGUGGCAAUACAUAGCCAAAGAUUUUGCCGAGGGAGUGGACAGUUUCAACACGAACAUGCAUAAAUGGUUGCUGGUUAAUUUUGAUGCUAGCGUCCUUUUCGUGCGCAACCGCCUCGACCUGACCAAUGCUCUUGAUAUCACCCCGGCCUACCUUCGUAACCCAUAUUCUGAUAUGGGGACUGUAAUUGACUAUCGGAACUGGUCGAUCUCGCUGGGCCGUCGGUUCCGGGCCCUGAAGAUCUGGUUUGUAAUGCGCAGUUAUGGGCUGAACGGCAUGAAAGUGCACAUCCGUAAGACCAUAGAGCUUGGUAAUAUCUUUGCGGAUCUUGUCCGCGGGCGUUCUGAUUUAUUUGAGAUUGUCACCAAGCCGGCGUUCUGUUUGACAGUGUUCCGCGUUAAAGCCUCGGCGCCAGUAGGCACCGCGACCAAUGGAGCCAACGGCGCCAAUGGCAUUUCAGUCUGCCAAAAGGACGAGGCCGCAGAUGGGAUCACGAAAACGGUAUAUGAAUUGAUCAAUUCGAGGGGUGAGAUUUUUAUCACCUCGACUGUGAUUGAUGGCAUCUAUGUGAUACGGGUGGUAAGCGCGAACCCCAUGGCCGAGGAGAAAUAUGUGCGCAAUGCCUUCAACAUUCUGGUGCGAACCACCGAAGAAGUGCUUCAGCAAGCAUGA